AUGAGAACAUUACUUGUUGCAGUCAUUAUUUGUGUUUUACAUACAUAUUGCUUUGGCAAUGAUGGGCCCUUUGAAGACACCCGGUUUUUGGCAAGAGCCUAUCCAAAACAGAAGAGGAUACCCAUUCAUCGAAAUAUACAAAUAUUGAAUGCCCAAAAGUUUUUAAGAUCUCUACCGGUGGAAAAUUACAGACUUAAUACCAAGAAGCGAUACGUACCAAAAGAAGAGGCUUAUACUGUAUUUCCAGCGAUUCCUGUAAAGAAGGUCCCUGAGAGCCCCUUUUUCCCUAUAGAGUCGCUCUUCGAUCAGAAACCUAAUAGAAUCUAUAAAAAAAUGCUACCCGAUUAUGGAUUAUGGCAUCUGUCGAGGCGCAAGAGAGCAGCACAUUCUCCAAUGCACCAUGUAACAAAUAAAACUACAAAAAACAUUAAUGAUAAAGAAAGAAAAGGCGAGAAAGUUAAGCCAGCUCGUAAGCAUAAUUUGAGAACGGUGAAAAAUAAAGGUAAAAUACCAAAAAACAAAGGGGCAAAACAUGUCGUAAACAAAUCAAAUGAUAAAAACAAGCAUAAGUCGGAAACACCAACAAACAAAUUGAGAAGUGGCCGUUCAAAACAUAGGAAUCCUAAAUCGCGAUCAGGAAAACGUAACAAUGACCCCAGAAAACAGAAAAAUAAACAAAACGUUAAAAAACGGUCAGAAAAUGGAGUUCAAGUUCGAAAAGUCGAUAACAGUAGGCGUCUUAUUGCCGGGAAAGACGCGUCAAUCGAUGAUUAUCCUUACGUGGUUUCCAUACAAAAGAACAACGAGCACUGGUGCGCUGGCGCAUUGCUUAAUCCACGUCUUGUUAUAACGACGGCUAACUGUGUUUGGAAAUCAGAACAUGUCAGCCGAUUAAGGAUACGGGCUGGUUCGCGGUACGCUGACCGUGGUGGGCAGGUGGCCGGUGUACAGGAGAUGAUGCGACACCCCGAAUGGAGCUUGCGUCGCAAUCCCGACCACGACGUUGCGUUGCUGCUGUUAGACAGGAACAUUAAAUUCUCAGAUCAAGUGCACGGCGUGGACCUGCCUAAUCGCGUCAUGAUGCCGGCCUUUGAUGAUGCCUGGGUCACCAGUUGGGGAAGUGACAGGCGUGACGGAAUCUUCGAGAACAAGGAAAUAACUCUCCAGGCGUAUCAUGCGCGACUCAUGGACGAUGAUACAUGCAACAAUAUUACGCAGCGCUUCGGUAUCUUCGUGACCCACAACUUCAUCUGCUUGUCUCAGAUGGGACGAAGAGCGCCAUGCACUCGGGACACGGGUGCUCCGGCAGUUAGCGAUGGGGUAUUAUGGGGAUUAGCAUCAUGGGGUAUACGCAAAUUAUGCGGCACGGAACGUUUUCCCGCCAUGUUCUCAUACCUCGCUUCGCAUUCGAACUUGAACUUCAUAACAAAUGCAACGCACCUGCUCAUGGCGGACGAAAGGUUCUAUCCGUUCCCGGAUCGAUUGCGCGACAGCAGGUUGAAAGCGAUGCUGGCAAGUGUCAACAGGACAGCAACGUAA